AUGGAUGGUUUGGAGAAGGUUGUUGGAGCUGUAUUCCCAAAUGCUGAAAAUAGGGAAUGCAUGAGACACCUUUACCAGAAUUUCAUGAAGCACUACACAGGUGAUGUUUUCACUGAUCACCUAUACCCAAUGACUAGGAGCUACACAAAAGGAAUGUUCAAAUGGCACAUGAAGAAAAUAUUUGAUUUUGCACCUGGAACAAUUGAGUAUCUUGACACGCACCAUAGUAGGUUAUGGUACAGGAGUUCUUUUUUUGAAAACAGCAAGUGUGAUGCCUUGACUAAUAAUGUGUCAGAGAGUUUUAAUGCACAAGUGAAGAAAUUCAAGGGUCUAUUGCUGCAUGAACUAGUAGACAAGUUGCGGGAGUUGAUAAUGGAGAAGAGAUACUUGAGGAAGAAACUGGCUAGACAGUGGCAUGAUAGGAUUCUCCCUAAUGUUAUUAAGGAACUUAAUCUGAUUAGCAAUCACCAGACGGUCCUCGAGAGUAUCUCAGAAGUGAUGAUGACAUUGCUGAAGUUACCAUUGUGGACCAAUGGAACAACCAGAAGCGCGAAACAGUAG